GAGCAAUUUUCAAGUUUGUAGCCAAAAACAAAGGGAAGCAGUCUAAUCAUCUUUUGCAACGACGAACGCUCACCAGUCACCAGUCACCACAGCGAGGCACUGCGAAAAGAGAAAAGGAUAAUUAAUAGCUAUGACCAAAUUCGCUGCAACCCAAAGUAGUAGUAGAAUAAUCACAACAACAAGAUUAGAGCUUCACCGAUCCAUCCAUCUUCUUUCAUCCCAGGGCGUCAUUUCAAAUGGGUUUCUGAUUCUUCCGUUUGUCAUCACCUUCUCCAUUUUUCUUAGCCAACAAGCCAAGAGAAGCUUUUUAAGAAGAGCCCAUCUCUGCAGCAGAAGCAUCGUCUGUCUACUGAUACUUAAUUGCAGGUUUUUUGGUAUCUGUGACUGUUGUUGAUCGAUUUCUAUUCUGCUUUACCGAGAAGAAAGAUGUGGAUUUUGGGCUGGAAAGGAGCAUCUGGGUUUUCCGCUUGUUCUACGGCUGAGGCAGUUACUAAUGGACUCGAUGCAACUGGCCUCACUGCUAUCGUCACAGGAUCAUCAAGUGGAAUUGGUGUGGAGACAGCAAGAGUCCUUGCUAUGCGAGGUGCUCAUGUGGUUAUGGCAGUAAGAAAUGUUGAUGCUGGCAGGAGUGUCAAAGAAGCAAUCCUCAAGGAAAUCCCUACAGCUAAGGUUGAUGUCAUGCAGUUGGAUCUCAAUUCAAUGGCAUCAGUCAAGAAAUUUGCUUCGGAAUACGUUUCUUCAGGCCUUCCACUGAACCUUCUGAUUAACAAUGCAGGCAUCAUGAUGUGCCCUUACAUGCUCUCCGCGGACAAUAUAGAGUUGCAGUUUGCUACCAACCAUGUUGGACAUUUUCUGUUGACACAUCUUUUGUUGGACACAAUGAAAUACACUGCCCGUGAGAGCAAUCGAGAAGGAAGAAUUGUUAUUGUAUCGUCUGAAGGUCACCGUUGGUGUAACAAGGAAGGAAUUCGUUUCGAAAAGAUUAACAACGAAGCAGAAUACAACAACAUCCGUGCUUAUGGACAGGCAAAACUUGCUAAUAUUCUUCAUGCUAAUGAGCUUGCUAGGCGCUUUAAGGCAGAGGGAAUCAACAUAACUGCCAACUCUCUUCACCCUGGCGUCAUCGCAACAAACCUUUAUCGUCAUACUGGUGUUAUUGCAACCAUUACAAAUGCUGUCAGCAGAUUUGUGCUGAAAAAUGUUCAGCAGGGAGCUGCAACUACAUGCUAUGUGGCACUGCAUCCACAAGUGAAGGGGGUGACUGGAGAAUACUUCAGUGACAGUAACGUAUACAAAGCAAACUCUCAGGCUAAAGAUGAGAAAUUGGCAAAGAAGCUUUGGGAUUUCAGCUUGGGAAGUAAGAAGAUGUGGAUUUUUGGGUGGACAGGAGCAUCUGGGUUUUCAGCUCGUUCAACUGCUGAACAAGUUACUAAUGGAAUCGAUGCAACUGGGCUCACUGCUGUCGUCACAGGAGCAUCAAGUGGAAUUGGGGUGGAGACAGCAAGAGUCCUUGCUAUGCGCGGUGCUCAUGUGGUCAUGGCAGUAAGAAAUGUUGAUACUGGGAAGAGUGUUAAAGAAGCAAUCCUCAAGGAAAUCCCUACUGCUAAGGUUGAUGUUAUGCAGCUGGAUCUCAGUUCCAUGGCAUCAGUCAAGAAAUUCGCUUCGGAAUACAUUUCUUCAGGCCUUCCACUGAACCUGUUGAUUAACAAUGCAGGCAUUAUGAUGUGCCCUUACAUGCUCUCCACGGACAACAUUGAGAUGCAGUUUGCUACCAACCAUGUCGGACAUUUUCUGUUGACACAUCUUUUGUUGGAAACAAUGAAAUCCACGGCUCGUGAAAGUAACCAGGAAGGAAGAAUUGUUAAUCUAUCAUCAGAAGGUCAUCGGUUUGCUUACAAGGAAGGGAUUCGUUUCGACAAGAUCAACAAUGAAGCAGAGUACAAUAACAUCCGUGCUUAUGGGCAGUCAAAGCUGGCUAACAUUCUUCAUGCUAAUGAGCUUGCUAGGCGGCUCAAGGAAGAGGGAAUCAACAUAACUGCGAAUUCACUUCACCCUGGAGCCAUCGCUACAAACCUUCUUCGCCAUUCCAGUGUUCUUGAAGGUAAUCCACAGAUCUUGUCUAGCCUUUCUCUAAGUGGUUGUUUGCAGGGAGCUGCAACUACAUGCUAUGUGGCACUGCAUCCACAAGUGAAGGGGGUCACAGGUGAAUACUUCUGUGACAGUAACUUAUACAAACCAAACCCUCAGGGUAAGGAUGAAGAAUUGGCAAAGAAGCUUUGGGAUUUCAGCUUGGAUUUGGUCAACCCUUUUUGCUAA